AUGAAAUUCAAACUGGGUGCAGAGGGGAGUGAGAGCAAAAAGGACAGGGAAGAAGAGUGGAAAGAAAUUAGUGGCACAAAUGGAAUGGCAGCUGUGGGCAAGGAAGGGCCAAACCUGCACCUCUUGAAGGUGUACGGGAUGGUGGACCCAUGCCUUGUGGAAGUGGGAGACCAAGGGAAGCAGGGACCCAGGGUUGGACCCGCUCCCCAGAGAUGUGCAGCCGGGACGAUCAGGUUGUCCACGCUUCGGAAAGCUGAACAGGACCGGCUUAACAACAGGGUCAAAGCACUACAGAAUGACAUUAAGCUGGGUAGAAGACGUACAGGGUUGGACCCGCUCCCCAGAGAUGUGCAGCCGGGACGAUCAGGUUGUCCACGCUUCGGAAAGCUGAACAGGACCGGCUUAGCAACAGGGUCAAAGCACUACAGAAUGACAUUAAGCUGCAGAUUUCAAAAUAGCAAACCAAAGGUAUCAUCAAACAGGCCAGUUAAGCCUGAGAAAGGAAUGGCUGCUGAUGGUGACGAGAUUUUUGAUUUCAUCGGGCAAUCCAAAUUUGUCCUAAAGAACCUUCGGUACUACUCGGUUCAUCCAAAUUUGGCCCAGUACUAUGAACCUUUGAAGUCCACUGCACUGCAGAAAUUCCUGGCUCAAAACAGGAAAACCACCAGCUUCAUGUUAAAAGUAACAGAGUUUGAUCAGGAUCUGACCUUACUGAUUAUGACCAAUAACCCACCUCCCUACUCAAUCCACCAGCAAGAAAAGGACAGCACUCCAAAAUACUUUUCUAAGGAGUUAUUGCUUGAGGAAAUUCAUCACCAGCAAAAACCCACUGAGAACUUCUUCCUGCCUCUGAUGCCUCAGAAAAAAAAGUUAAGAUCCAGAAUAAAACCAAUCUUCCCUAUGAAAUGUUCAGAUGAUCCUACAUCCAAGCGAGAACAAUGGUUUAGGUUUUCCACUGACAAUGACUUCAAAAGUGAAGGAAAGUAUUCAAAAGCGGUCGCUUUGAAGAAGCAGAAAAAAAUGUACCCUCAGCUCAAUUUUGCUCCAGUCUGUGAAAGAGAUAUGAGGAAAAAUGUUUCCAAGAAGUCCGUGAGUGAAAUGCUGACUCCCCAGGUACUUUGGGAACCACUCACACUUUCAUCGCUGCUUGAAAAGAAGCCCACCAGAAUCGUGCCAGGGGAAAGCGCCUUCCGCAACGGAAGGGCCCAACAGUGGAUCAUCAAAAACGCCACUGUCAUUAAGUAA